UGAUAUAUAAUUACGCAAACUAAUUUAUUUCUUUGAAAGUUGCUUACGCCCUUCCCGAUCGUAAUCAAUGGCCGAGGAGAAGCAGGGCUGGACACCGCUCCUAUUCCUUAUCUGUGUCACAAUAACCAUCGGCACCGUCAUACCCAUAGGCUAUUGCUUUGGGGUGGUAAAUGCGCCCUCAGCGUUCAUCAGGCAAUGGGCGUCCGAGUCGGUGUCGAAACGUUAUUCGAAGGACCUUACCAGCUCUCAGUUGACCUUGCUUAUGGCUUUUGUGGUCUCGAUGUUCCAAGUAGGUGGAAUUGUUGGCUCAUUUGUUGCAUCUAUGUUUAACAACAAACUAGGACGCAAGGGAAGCCUGCUAGUCAGCGGAAUACUCUUCUUGAUCUCUUCGCUUUGUCAAUGGAUAUGUCGUCCCCUUAACCUGGUGGAGCUGCUGCUUUUGGGUCGUCUAGUGGCCGGGUUUGCAUCGGGCUUAGUGUACAGCACUCAGCCAAUGUAUUUGGUAGAAUUGGCGCCUGCUGAGCUGAGCGGCAGCGUUGGCGUAUUCACCUGCAUUGGCAUUACGGGAGGCAUCGUUUUAGGGCAGAUCUUUAGCUUUGACUUCACCUUGGGUACGGACGGGUUGUGGCACUUCGCAUUGGCUGCGUUCGGGUUGUUUGUGCUAAUUGGUAUGGUGCCAGCCUGUUUUUUCCCCGAAAGUCCACGAUAUCUGUUUUCCAAAGGUAACGUGGACCGCACAAAAGCGUCUCUAAUGCGUCUGCGCAGCACGUCGGAGCGUGCGGAACGGGAGUUGGCAGAAAUGGAAGCGACGCCAAAUGUUGAAAGAGUCAGCAUGUGCGCUGUCAUCAAAAAUGGGAAACUGACCAUGCCACUCAUCCUGGUCUGUGGUUUUCACAGUGUCCAACAGUUCAGCGGAAUUUCGGUGAUCUGGUAUUACUCUGUGGGCAUAUUUACUGAUGCUGGUUUCUCGCUAACUGUGGCCCUAUGGCUGAAUUUCGGAGAGGGUAUGCUCAACCUGUGUGUGGCCCUUUUAGGACCCCUUCUUAUGGGCCGUUUUAAUCGUCGCACCUUAAUGAUGACUUCAUGUUUUUUCUCCGGAGUCUUUUUGGCGCUUCUCAGUAUUGGACUCAAGUUUGUAAGUCAAGUGGUGGCUAUGCUCUGCAUAGGUUUUCUCUCUAUGUACAUUAUUUCAUUCAACUUCGGCCUUGCGUCCAUACCCUAUUUUAUUGGAUCUGAACUAUUUGAAGUGCCACCACGAGCUGCCGCUAUGGCUCUGGGCAGCUUAUUCAAUUGGCUCACUAACUUUAUAGGCAGCAUGGCGUUUCCUGUGGCGCAAGCCAGUGUAGGGUCAUUUGCAUUUAUGCCGUGUGCAAUAGUUUGCAUUUUAGGCUUCCUUCUGACCUUUAUAUAUCUUCCGGAGACGAGAAAUCGAGAGCCCAAGGAUGUGGCACCGUUGCUGGAGCACGGCUUCAAGUCUAAAAUUAAGGAGAAAAAAUAGACAAUAGCUGCAUAAUAGAAAUACAUAUUGUGAAAUAUAGAUAAAACAUAAUAUAAACUUCUAUUGCAGUAGUUAGUGUCUGUGAGAACUUAAAAAAAUUAGAAUAGGUACAGACCUCUGCUCGCUUAUAAAGAAGUUGUGUUUUUUAGCUAUUCAUGCUUUGCAUAAUUCUGUUUUUGCACGGUCUUUUUUAAACGGUUUGAAAAUUUAAAAUUUUAACUCGACUUUAUUCCAUUUAGUA